CUCUCCCAUUGGUUGAGUCCAUCUCUUAAGUAACAGUCCCACGCGCUGCACUGCAGACUUUCCUCUCUCCUGAACUACUCGACUUCGCCCAUCAACUGUCACUCAAGGAAUUGUUGUUGUGUUUUGAGGAUGACGGGUACAAUGAGGUUGGUCCGGUCCCUGGUGAAGACGGCGGUGCGGGUGAACGUGCCCAAACACGUCGACCACUUCUCCAAGUUCUCCCCCUCUCCGCUCUCCAUGAAGCAGUUCUUGGAUUUCGGUUCCACCAAUGCCUGUGAGCGCACAUCGUUCGUCUUCCUGCGACAGGAGCUUCCAGUCCGCUUGUCCAACAUCAUGAAGGAGAUCGAGGUGCUGCCGGACCGGCUGCUGGCCACGCCCUCAGUCCAGAUGCUGCACAGCUGGUGAGGCACCGACAUGUCACUGAAGGGUUAUAUGACUUGCCAACUCAAGUCAAAAUAUUGUAUUACCUGAGCGUUUUUUCUUUAACCAAAAGGAAUUUAGUAUAAUAAAAAGUAACAAAAGUACAUUCCGCCUUUUUAAAGAAUGUUUCCAUGUUUUCACUUCCAAAGCACUUUCAUAACGGCUUUUUCCACACUCCGUUGUUAAGAGAGUGACGUUGUUGGCGAUGAACAGCCAACAACGUCACUCAGCGGGGCCAGGAUAUUAUCAGCUCUUACAUUACAGAGCAGGAGGAGGAGGAGGGGGGUUGAACUUUGUCCCAGUUCCCCAUCUAACCCCCGCCUUACUACUUCUUCCUCUGCGUCUGUCUCCUCGUCCUGCCCGCUUGCUGUUGACUU